AUGCUCUGCCUCUCGCCGUGCUCGCCGCACCUGCACGUCCACCUCCCCCGCAGCGCGACGGCGCGACCCGCCGCCGCCUCGUGCAGGAGCGCGCGCGGCAUCGGCGUCACGCUAUGCUUCCGGAUGCCGACGACGCCGGAGGAGCGGCAGCAGAGGCGCCUGCUGGCCAAGUUCCAGGACUCCUCGGCCGCGCCGGCCUUCAAGCCGCCAGUGACCGCGCCCGCACGUCUGACGCCCGCUGCCGAACGGCGCGGGGCGCUGCGGGAGAUGCGCCGGGUGUGGUGGGUGUGCGGGGUCGGGUACUGCGUGCAGGGGUUCCGCUGCUUCCCGUGGCUGGCUCUCAACUUUCACCUCACGCGCGGUCUAGGUCUCAGCCCCGCCGGCCUGCAGCUCGUGCAGAACGCCGGGAGCAUCCCGCUCGUCGCCAAGCCGCUCUUCGGGGUCCUCUCGGAUGCCGUCUACAUCGGCCGCGCGCACCGCCUCCCCUACGUCUCCCUCGGAGCAAUGUGA